CCUUGGAUCAAGUCGAGUUCAACGCACCUGUUCCAUUAUCAUAUGCACUGAAAAGAUAUAUGCAACCCACGUGACUAAAACCAUUUUGAACAAUCGAUAAACAGUCGACGUAUCUUAGAACAUAGCUCCGUAGAAAAAAAUUUUCGUAGAAGAAAUGAUGUAUUGAAACGUUCAUUGUCAAUCGUAACGAUGUUGUUCAAUAUUCCAUAACGUCUUUAUGAGGGGCGAGUUAAUCAUUACCUCAACGGACCUCGUUUUACCGAGGUUCCUCCCAGAACACAGCAGUGAACAUGAAAGGGCUUGCGUGGACUUAGCGAACUCAUCAAAUGUGAAGUCAACUGGCUACCCGUCAACGCUAAAUUGACCUAAACCUUUGACCCGACCGAAUCUACAGAGGAGACAAUUUUGGCGAGCCACCCAGGAGGGCAAUACCCCGGAAGAGUGACCUGCUUCUGCCGAUGGAUAGAGGACUUUCUGACAAUAGAAAAUAGAAAAACGUUCCAGCUGAGUGUCGAGGCAGUCAGCAAGGCCAUUCUACGUCAGCUGGGUGAGAGCUGCAUUAAGCAACAAGCACAGACCUCCUUGCAUAAUGGAGAACGGCAGCAUCAGGAAGAGGAAGGAGUCACUCAAUGGCCAUGUGGUCCCCAGCAUCCACUCCCAUUCCCAGCAUGCAGAUGAGGAAGUAAAAGCCACAGCUCUCAAGAAAGAUGUGGGCCUGAUCAGUGGGAUCUGUCUGAUUGUGGGGACCAUGAUUGGCUCUGGGAUCUUCAUCUCUCCAAAGUCUGUGCUUGCCAGCACAGGGGCUGUGGGGCCCUGUCUGUGUGUUUGGGCAGCUUGCGGAGUCCUGUCAACACUAGGAGCUCUGUGCUAUGCAGAACUUGGCACCAUGAUUACCAAGUCUGGAGGGGAAUACCCAUACCUGAUGACGGCUUACGGCCCCCUAAUGGCCUAUCUGUAUUCUUGGACCACCAUCAUGGUUUUAAAGCCUUCCUCCUUCGCCAUCAUCGCCCUCAGUUUUGCCGAAUAUGCCGCCGCACCUUUUUACCCAGGAUGCACCCCUCCAGGGCUUAUUAUCAAGUGUUUGGCUGCAGUUGCUAUCAUACUGAUUGUGCUGGUGAACUGUCUGAGCGUCAAAUUGGCCAGCUAUGUGCAAAACUUCUUCACUGCAGCCAAGCUCUUUAUCAUCCUCGUCAUUGUGGUGGCUGGGGCUGUGAUGCUGGCUAAAGGAAACACAGAAAACCUUAAAAAUACAUUUGCGGGAGCAUCUACUUCUUUUGGGGACAUUGGGCUGGCAUUUUACAAUGGGCUCUGGGCAUAUGAUGGAUGGAAUCAACUGAACUUUAUCACAGAGGAGCUUAAAAACCCAUACAGAAACCUACCCUUAGCCAUCAUCAUUGGGAUUCCCCUGGUGACUGUCUGCUAUAUCCUCGUCAACAUUGCUUACUUCACAGUGAUGACCCCCACUGAACUGCUGCAGUCCCCAGCUGUGGCUGUGACUUUUGGUGAUAGAGUACUGCACCCUGUGUCUUGGAUCGUCCCUUUGUUUGUGGUUUUUUCCACUUUUGGUGCUGCCAAUGGAAGCUGCUUCACUGCCGGCAGACUGACCUAUGUUGCAGGUCGGGAGGGUCACAUGGUGAAGGUCAUGUCCUAUAUUAGUCUGAAACGCUGCACACCAUCACCUGCCCUCAUUUUUAAUGGGGUUCUGGGGAUCAUUUACAUCCUGCCAGCAGACAUCAAUGCCCUUAUUAACUACUUCAGCUUUGCUCAGUGGCUCUUCUACGGACUGACAGCUUUGGCACUCAUUGUCAUGAGAUUUACUAAGAAAGAAAUGAUGAGACCUGUCAAGGUACCCGUAGUAAUUCCGGGCAUUGUGGUCUUGGUGUCUUUCUACUUGGUCCUGGCUCCCAUCAUUGACAAGCCCGAGCUGGAAUAUCUUUACUGCGUCAUCUUCAUGUGCUGUGGGUUCCUCUUCUACUUCCCCCUUGUUUACUACAAGUUCGGCUGGACACGCAAGAUCAUGCGACCGAUUACCAUGCACCUCCAGUUACUAAUGGAAGUAGUCCCACCAGAAAAUGCUGAAUGAAGAAAAAUGGAGGAAAAUAAAGCAGAUGCAUUUUGCAAAGACACUGACGAGGGACAAAAAAAGAAGGCAAGCUGGAGGGGUUGAAGGCAGGAUAAAUUAAGGGAAUACUUUUCAUCAUGGAAUUUACAACUAUCAAGAAAAUAUAUUCAUAAAAAGAAACAUUAUGAAAGGAAUGAACUGUUUGACUGAUGGAUGUCCCACCUGCUCUUACUACAUUUGUUUUUUCUUCAUUUGUAUUUUAAUUUGUAAUUUGACAGGGAAGUUAUCUGUCAUGCACACAAGGCCUGAUAGAUGUAAAAAUGUGUGCAGUUUUGUUCAUUUUUAAAUGAGCUGCAGAUUAUCCUCAAAGAACUUUUGUGGCAUCAGCAGCAUAUACAAUCAUUUAGAAAAAUAGCCAUGACAUAUUUUGUAGUAAAGGCCAAAGAUGUAAACCAAAUGACAAUUACAUCAGAAAAAACUAUAAAUAGUAAAAGGAUAUUGGAUUCUCAACCUUAAAUUAUGCAUGCAGGUCAUAUAUGUGCUCAUUCAAGCUCAUUCAGGCUGUCAAAUACAUUUGUUGCCUAAUUAAUGCCCUUGAGUAUAUGUGCUGUAAUUGUAUGUAUGUUUAUGUAUAACAAAAAUACAUUUCAAUAACUUUACAUUCAAUGUAACUUUGGUAUAUAUCAAACUGGAGAUUUUAUGAUACUGGUUGUCAUGUAUUCUUUUAGGCCUUUACUUUUCCACAUGAAUACAAAUGUAAAUUAUGGACCAUUAAUCAUACAUUUGCUUAUGUGUUUUGAUUAGUGUACAUAAAUGUGACAUUAUAAGCAGUGCUUUAGGAACCCUGGUUCUGGAAGUGUACUGUGUGAGCUUGUUUUCACUGAAACUUGGCUCAUGCAUUGUUGGUUUUUCAGCUCUCGAGAAAACUUAAAUGAUGUUUCAGCGCCACCAUUGAAAAUGGAAAAAAUAAUACUUCAAUGUAUGUGCUUCUAUUUAGUGACAUUACACUGACAUGAAAUUACAGCUACAUAUAUUUAUAUAAUAAAGAGAAGGUAACAUGAGCAUA